AUGGCCGUUGAGCUUGAACCUAUAUACCUGAGGUUCGACAAAUACCAAUUGGCGCCUCGCCGACUCCCCCCUUCGCCCAGCCUGAUCCACAGGCGUCCGGCGUUGCGGGUGAAUACGGCACAGCGUGCGCCGCCUCUCAAACGACCGAUGUCCACACCGCACCCGAUAUACGCACCGAUCCCGAAGGCUCUACCGUCGACCAACAUACACGCCGCCCACAAUGAUAGCCAGCCCGUUAGCAGACUUCCAGCGGAGCUAUUGGCAUACAUAGUCAACUUGGCGCGCAAUCUCGACCUAUCGGAGGGAGAACAUCCCUCUGGACGUGUCGCAUCGUUCUCGCUCGUCUGUCGGCGAUUCAGGAAGACCCUGCUGUCUGCGCCACACCUCUGGUCAACGAUCGCUGUACAGGCCCAUGCAACGUACGGCCUGCAAUUUGCGGCGCUAUGUAUCACACGCGCCGGCAACGCGCCACUAGAGCUCUGGCUCGAUAGCUUCUACAGCGCCGCACAAGUUGUGCCCUUCAUCGCGCCGCACGAAGACCGUAUUCGACACAUCCGGUUACGCGUACCGGUCGACGCGCCACCCGCUCUCGUCGCAUCGACGUGUGCAUUCCAGGUCCCAAACUUGGAGUCACUCGAUGUGGCACCGCUCUCUGAGGCGGGUAGGGCAACGCCCCUGACGCUACCGACACUUUUUAGUGCAGGGUUCAGCGACCGGAUCGCACGCCUCAGGCUUGCAGAUUGUGCGCCGCCCCCGGGCGCGUAUUCAGCGCUCACACAGUUGCACCUUUCCGGGCGCAUACCGGGCCUAGUAGACCUGCUACGUGGAUGUGCAUCUUCGCUCAGAACCCUAUUGCUGGACAAGAUAGAUUGCGAAGAUGUUCGCGCCGACGAGACGCCCAUAGAGCUAUCUAGUCUUGAUAGCCUUUCCGUGGUCACAGUACCUACUUCGACGGGACAGAACUUCUUCAAUCGCCUGGCGCUCUCCUCACAGUGCCAGAUCCGUGUCCGCUGUCACAUGCCGUCUUCCCCGGACGACGAGAACGCCCCCACGCUGCCCACACUUCCGAGAGCAAUGAGGUCUCUUCUUGACUCGCGAACCUCUCACGCAGAGACCCUACAGCUGUAUGCGAAUGGGGAGCGUGUACAGCUUGUCACCCUCGGAGAAAGCCGAGUGUCCAUAUUCAUAGGCGCGCGCCAAUCGGAUACGGCCGAAACUACCGUCGAGGACGAGGAAGGGGGGCAGUGGUUGACAAGCGCCGUGCGGGAUCUGCUACAGACUUUGCCGCUCGACUCGGUACGAUCAGUCUGGAUCGUGGCAGAGGAUCAACUGCCCGUAGAUGUCGUGGCCGUGCUAAGCGCGCUACCAAACGUUCGCGAGUUCACGGCGCUGGACGCCGCGCUGGCGGACGUUUCGCGCGCGUUGAGCACGGCCGCUCCCACCGGACUCAUUGCGCCGAAACUUGAGACGUUGCGUCUUCGGGCGUAUGACUCUGAGCGAAGCGCUCUUGCUGUGCUGCGCGGUGCGCUAGAAGCGCGCGUCGCUCACGGUAUGCGCUUGCGGCGCUUAGUCCUUCAGGCAGAUGCUGGUGCAGAUACGGAAGUAUUACAGGACGUGGUGGAUGAACUGCGGGUUGUGAAUGACGACGCCAUGCAGGCGCCUAUGGCACCGCCGGAAUGGUCGGGAUGA